AUGGGAGAGAAGCCAUUCCCAUGUUCUGAGUGUGGGAAAUGUUUUACUAGUAAUACAAAUCUAAUUGCCCAUCGCCGAAUUCAUACCCAAGAAAAGCCAUUUUCAUGCUCUGAAUGUGGAAAAUGUUUUACUGGAAAGUCAGCUCUUGUUAGACACCAGAGAAGUCACACGGGUGAAAAGCCUUUCUCAUGUUCUGUAUGUUAUAAACGCUUUACAACCAAUACAAAUCUUACUACACACCAUCGGAUUCAUACAGAAGAAAAGCCAUUUGAAUGUUCUGUAUGUGGGAAAUGUUUUAACAAUAAAUCUAAUUUUGUUAAACAUCAGAGGAGCCACACUGGAGAGAAACCAUUUUCUUGUACUGAAUGUGGAAAAUGUUUUAUGGACAAAUCAAAUCUUAUUACACAUCAAAGAAUUCACACGGGUGAAAAACCAUAUUCCUGUACGGACUGCAAGAAAUGUUUCACCUGUAGUUCCUCUUUUAUUAAACAUCAGAGGAUUCACACGGGAGAGAAACCAUUCUCCUGUUCUAAAUGUGGACGAUGCUUUUCAGAUAAAUCACAUCUUGUUACGCAUCUGCAGAGUCACACAGGGGAGAAACCGUUCUUUUGUUCUAAAUGUGGGAAAUGUUUCACGAUUAAAUCAAGCCUUGCAAGACACCAAUUGAGUCACACAGAGAGAGUUGCUACAACUUAAUCUUAAAUGAUGGAAAGUCAAGUUUAAUCUACACAUUGUUCCAAAUGUAUAGAUUUCUUUAAAAGCAGAAGUUAAACAACUGCCCUCUCUCCCCAUUAAGCUUGCCUAAGUCAGUACAGUCUGUGCUGAUCAGCACAUAGUUAAGAAGGCUGUGUUCUCCAUGUCUGUUAUCAUGAAAAACCCUCAUCUGAGCCUCCUCCUGCCUGAAUUCAGUCUUAGUAAAAGCAAUGCCUGCAAGGUAAAGCAGGAAAGAGGGCAAGCUCUGUGUGACAGCAGCACCAGCAGCAGCAUGGAGAGAGGAGAGAAACAGCCGGAAUGAUUUAUUGCAGCGACUAUGGUCAGACAAUCUGAGAAUGGAGAGAGAACAGAUAAGUUUUAUUAACAUGCUAUAAAGCCAACAUACAGUGUUGGGUACAUUUGACCUGUUAUGAGAAGCUAAACUGUAAAUGGAUAUGCAGGAGAGAUGUGUCCUAUAGCAAAUGUAACAACCAAUGAAAACAUGAUCGAUGGAGCAAUGGAAAUAAAUUAGAAUAUAAGCUUUUAAUCAUAUUAAAGGAAGAAGAAAUACUUAAUUGUAUAACAUGAAUCAAGCCAGAUAGUUAGAAAACAGCAAACGGUUAAGCUUUAACGAAAAGCAAUGAACAGAUAGUAAAAUGAAUUUUAAAUGUAAAAUUGUAGAAUACAGAUCCUAACUUUAUUAAACAUGUGUCUAUGUUUCACUAUGAAAUGUACAGCUGGUUGAUAUUUUUGUUUAAAUCGCGUGUGUAACUUUUUUUGUGUCUGAUUCGUCUAUUUUUAGUUCAUGAAUAAACACAGAUCUUGUUAUACUUCUUAUUGGUAAAAAUAUUUUAAUGGUGAAUGGGGCAUGGUUUUUCUUUCCCCAAAAAAUAUUUAAAGGCCUGUGAUACUGUGCUAAAGAAAAUAUAUGAAACAUUGAUAAAAAGACAGCUGUUUAUAUGUUUUAGAUAACAGAGGAACAUUAUAGAGAUAAUCAUAACUAAGAAAUUAAAAUUUAAAAAAAGAUACUUGGGGUUGAAUGUAACUUGUUUAGAGUAGCUCUCCAUGAUGUACUGCUUUUGCCAUUUAAUGUUUUUUUAAUAGGAACACAUUGCUUAUCCCAUGAUGAUGAUGAAAAUGUAUUUGUACCUGUUAUGCCUCGUAUCAUUUGA